CAUCAUGGAGGUCAGAGCUCUCUGCAUCAGACUGUUAAUGAUCAUCAUGGUCCUGCUCUGCCCACAUUCUCAGAAAGCUGAUGCAGCUUCUCUUCAUAUCUUUCCAAACAGAUUACAGUUCUUUGAAUAUGAAGCAGUGACAUUUUACUGUGAGGGGGUUGAUUAUUGUGAAGUUGUGCAUAAAGUCAAAGGGAAAAUAAAAACAUGUCCGAAAACUAACAAGAGAACACCGACAGGAUCAUCCUGCACCAUCACAAAUGUUUAUCGUGAUGACAGUGGGAAGUACUGGUAUGAGACUGAAGGAGGGAUCAGAAGCAACACUGGUUCUGUGAUCCUGGAGAGUCCUGCUGUCCCUUUGAUGGAGGGAGAAGAUGUAGCCCUGGGCUGCAGAAACAAGACGACUUCCUUCAACUUCACAACUGAUUUCUAUAAAGAUGGACUCCACAUCAGCACCAACUCCACACAAAACAUGACCAUUCACAGAGUUUCAAAGUCUGAUGAAGGAUAUUACAAGUGCAGCAUCUCGGGAGCUGGGGAAUCACCAGAGAGCUGGCUCAGUACCACAGUCGAUCACUUGAAAACUCAUCACACAGACACUGAGACAGACCCGUUCUCAGAGGCCAGCUGUCAUAUCUACCUCAUCUUACGGACCGUGUCCACCAUGGUGAUGGUGGCUCUGCUGCUGGUGGUGGUGGGACUUCUUAACACUGGGAAAUUCAGAGUCACAAAAACUAACUCAAGUUCAGUCUCAUGGAAAAUAAAAUCAUGUAACAAAACAAACAAGAGAACACCAACAGGAUCAUCCUGCAAGAUUAAAACUGCUUAUACAGACGACAGUGGAGAGUACUGGUAUGAAACUGAAGGAGGGACGAGAAGCAACAGCAUCAACAUCUCUGUCACUGAUGGUCCUGUGAUCCUGGAGAGUCCUGCUGUUCCUGUGUUAAUGGAAGAAACUCUGACUCUGAGCUGCAGAAACAAAAUUGCAUCCUUCAACUUCAAAGCUGAUUUCUAUAAAGAUGGACGUCACAUAAUUGGUAGCUCCACAGGAAACAUGACCAUCCACAGAGUUUCCAAGUCAGACGAAGGACUUUACAAGUGUAGCAUCUCAGGAGUUGGAGAAUCACCAGAGAGCUGGCUGCAAGUCACAGAUGCAAUUUCUCUUCGUAUUGUUCCAAACAGAUUGCAGUUCUUUGAAUAUGAAACAGUAACAUUUCACUGUGAAGGAGUCAAUUAUUGUGAAGUUGUGCAUAAAUUCAAAGGGAAAAUAAAAUCAUGUAACAUAAGUAAUGAGACAACACCAACAGGAUCAUCCUGCAUGAUUAAAACAGUUUAUACAGACAACAGUGGAGAGUACUGGUAUGAGACUGGAGGAGGGACAAGAAGCAACAGAAUUAAUAUGUCUGUCACUGAUGGUUCUGUGAUCCUGGAGAGUCCUGCUGUUCCUGUGUUAAUGGAAGAAACGGUGACUCUGAGCUGCAGAAACAAAACUGCUUCCACCAACUUGCCCGCUGAUUUCUAUAAAAAUGGACGUCUUAUCCAUAGAAGCUCCACAGGAAGCAUGACCAUCCGGGAAGUUUCCAAGUCAGAUGAAGCACUUUACAAGUGUAGCAUCUCAGGAGCUGGAGAAUCACCAGAGAGCUGGCUGCAAGUCACAGACAGUCGCCAAGAAGGGAGAGAUUUCUUCUCUGCUGCAUCACCAUGGAUCAUUGCCAUCAUUUUACUGACUGCUCUGUUGGUGGGGAUAGUGGGACUGUAUUACUUUGGCAAAGGUUACUGGGACAGAGAUGAAGAUAUUUUAUAUUCUACAGCCAAUUACUACACGUUAGACCUGGGUGACACUCAGCCCAAAGGUUCCUGUAUAUCUUACAGGUUGCAGAAAGAGAGCUGACUGAAGACAUAAUGACAUUUAAUAGAGAAAAAAAAAUGAGGUAUCCCAGAUUUUUCAGCAAUGUUGGAGUUGUUAGUCAAACAAAUAAUUCUAUUACACAUUACUUGUUACUUUUCUUAAAAGUAGUUCAACAUGUUAUUUCAUUACUCUGGAGAAAUUAAUUUGCCCAAUACUUAUUAUGUAACUUUCUCUUUACUCUGUAAAAUUGCCAAAAAAUGAAACACACAGUAAAAUGUCACAUAAUUUAAUUUUUAUGUAAUUAAUGAUUUUAGUACAGCAUUGUGUUACAUAACUAAACACUGAAAAAUUGAAUGUGGUUAUGGCAAUGUGAAUACUUUAUAAUGCAUUAUACCCAACACAUAUUGUUUUUGUAAUUGAUUAGUAAGUAAUACAUUGGCAUCGGUUUUUGGUGUGCAUGUCUAUUAUUGUUAUAGUUCAAAUGGUAAUAAAAACAUUAUCUCUGUUAUUUCAA